CCUCUCCCGAAGCGGGCCGAAGCCUGCGCAUACCAUUUUUUAUAUAUUAUAAACUCACGUCACGUGCCGUUUGUAAAGCUUUUAUGGAGAUCUUCGACCGUUUCAUAGAAAACACAGCUUUAAAAUCAGGAGAAAUAUCUGCUAGGUUGAAAUUUCUUACCCAUAAGAAUGAAUCAUAUGGCGAAUCUACGUCAUCAAUGCGAAGGAAGAAACCGACGAGGAAACCUUUGGCGGCAAAACAUGUGUACCCCUGUGAUAAUGCAAAAUUGUUUUACAACAUCGCACUGCACCGCCUGUUCACUUUCCCAACUAAUUUUGAAAUCGAUUCCCGACCACUGGCGGAAGCUGGACUCUUUUGGGAUCGAGAUAAGGAAGCGAUCAAGUGCUAUUUUUGCAAGAUCGAAACCACGGAUGUAAAUCGCUUUACAGGCAAGACCGCGGGUGAGGUUUUAAAAAUGAAAUCAACUUGUGGCAUCGGCCAAAAAACAUCUAAGAACGUCCCAAUCGGAGGAACUGAGAAUUACAAAUUUGAAUCUCACCGACUUUAUUCGCUGCUGAAAAAGAAGGACUGGAAUUUUGUGACGCCCGAAGAUUUGGCCAAAUCGGGAUUUUACUACUCCGGCCAAGAGGACAAUUGUCGCUGCAUUUACUGCAAUUUGGAGGUGCGCGGGUGGGAAGAGGGAGACACGCCCGACGGCGAGCACAAACGGUGGAACCCAAACUGCCCUUUCAUGAAUAACCCUGAAGCCGUCGUCAAUAUAAAAAUUGGCCAAGAAUUAACUGAACAAUAUUGUGAUUCCAUUGGAAAAAAUAAAAUUGGAAUUGGAUCGAAUCCAUUCAAAUUUGAGUCGUUGGAAAAAUAUGGAAGCAACAUCAAAAUGAAAUCUGAAAAUCCUUUGGUCACAGCCCAUGAUUUGAAUAUUCACGAUUACACUUCACCGAAGCACCCUGAAAAAAUUUUCAAAUCAGAACGUCUAAAAACUUUUAAAAAUUGGCCCAAAGGACUUUCCCAAACGCCAGAAGUUCUCGCGAAUUCAGGAUUUUAUUACACCGGCUCCGGCGACCGAGUUGUUUGUUUUCACUGCAACCUUGGCCUGAAGGACUGGGCGCCUGGCGACGACCCUUUCACGGAGCACGCCAAGUGGAACUCAGGGUGCCAACACCUAAUCAUGCAAAAGGGAACUGAUUUCAUUCGACAAAUUCUGCACGAAGAUAAAAGUAAAAAAAACGAGCAAGCGAUGAAGACGUCCACUUCUUCCUCAAAUAAGCUUCUUUGCUUUAAUUGUAAUAUUAAUCGCGUGGCAAAAGUUAAUCUACCCUGCGGACACGUCAACCUUUGUAAUGAAUGCAAUGCUAAUAACUGUGUUGAUUCAUCUUGCAGUCAACAAAUUUUGGGAGAGAUUACUGUAUUUUUCUGAACUGCGUUCUACAUAAA